GCAGGAAGCGGGGGCGGCGCGGGGCUGUGGGCGGGCCUGGUUCCCCUCAGGAGGCGGGUGAGGAGCCCUGUUCGCCUCGCGUCCCGCCGGUGGGAACAGGAGAGUCGCCGUCGUGGCCCCCUCUAUUCCCCCCUCAGUGCCUGCACGCCUCAGGGUUGCUGUGGCGGUGUGAGGGGAGCGGGGCCUCCGCGGCGCCCGGCAGGUCGUAGCUCUGGAGGGAGACCCCCGCGAGCUCCUUCGCUGCCGUCGCUCGGCUCCUUCAGCCUACGGCUCCCUGAGGGUUUGGCAGCCCGGAGGUAGGGAGCUGCCUGGGGUGUCACCAAAACCGCCUGAGAAACAAAUUUCCCAUCAAAAAGAGCUGUUCCUAAAGCCUUGAUUAGGAACGCAGCCGCCGUGAGACCGGGUCGUCCUUCUCCCCGUUGUGCUGAUGUGCUAAAGUCUCUGGAAUUAGCUUUGCUUAAGGAGAGCCGGAAAGGGGGAAUCCUCCUCCAGACUGCGUUUCCAAGUGGGAGGGGAAGAAAGUUUAUCUGAGGCAAUGAUAGAUCCUCUAGAGAACAACUUGUUUGAUCUUCCUGAUUAUGAGAACACAGAAGAUGAAACGUUCCCACCUCUUCCACCUCCUGCCUCUCCCGGAGGAGACGAUGUUGAAUGGGCUCAAGCUAAUGGAGAACCAGAUGGAGACCAACAGUCACAAACAAAGGAUUCUGCUGUAGCUCCACGGAAAGCAGUUAAAAGACCAAUGCCUAAACUGGAUGCCCAGAGGUUAAUUUCAGAAAGAGGACUUCCAGCCCUGAGACACAUGUUUGACAACGUAAAGUUCAAGGGUAAGGGGCAUGAGGCAGAGGACCUGAAGACACUUAUACGACACAUGGAACACUGGGCUCAUAGAUUAUUUCCCAAAUUACAAUUUGAGGAUUUUAUUGACAGAGUAGAGUCUUUGGGGAACAAAAAGGAAGUUCAGACCUGCCUAAAACGGAUUAGACUUGAUCUUCCUAUUUUACAUGAAGACUUUGUGAGUAAUGAAGAUGGUGGAGGAGCAAGCAAUGGGCUGGAUACAGCCACUGAAGAUGUACGUUCCUGCUCUGGCAAUGCAGAAGAACUCAAUUCUCUGUCUGGUACAACUCUCACGGAAGAGCAACAACAGCGAAUCAAGAAGAACAGGCAGCUGGCCUUGGAACGUAGGCAAGCAAAGAUGCAGUGCAACAGCCAGUCGCAACACAAUGAGCUCUCUGCUCAUUACAUGGAAGAGGAGUUUAAUACCCCAGUUGCUCAGGAUCCCACUGACCUUAUCGAAGACACUCAAGUUACUACAACCAAGGUUGCUGUUCCAGAAGCUGGAGAUACAGAAUUGGAAUGUGCCAGUGAAAAGCAGUAACCGUUCCCUAUACUUUGAAUGACUUUCUUGACUGAAAGACCCCCCAAGUUUUAUGUACUAUCGUUAUAUUAACUGUUGCUGGCCCUUUGCACUCUGACUCCAGAAGCUUUAUGGAAGUCUCCACCACGACAUCUGCAUGGUUGGACAGAACUCUUCUCUUGAAACUGCAGAUGAGCAGCUCCCUACACCAGAAGUUCUUCAUCUGCAUUUGAGGCAUCUUUUACACCUCCCCCAACACUUUUCAGGGCACCUUAAUGAGUUUUUGGCCUGCUUUGAAUUUCGUUUACAAUUGAUGUCAAACUGAAGUAACUGGGAUAUUGACAGUGAAGUUUCUGUUAAAGCUGUGUUGGUUGGUUGUUUUUCUUUUAAUACAGGGUAUGUACAAUAUCAGAUAGUACUAUGUCUGAACAGGUCAGCCUGGAUUUUUUUUAACUUUGUUAUCAAGUACCUGUAUCUUUUUCUUAUAAAAUUGAAGAUAUUAAACUUCAGAAGUCAAACCUGAACUUCAUAUAUGAGGCUGUUACAACUCCCUGCCCUCCAGCUUUCCCCAUCCCUUGUGCUAGCUCAGAUGUCUCUUCACAGAUGAGUACAUCCCUUAAGGGAAUGUGCUUCGGCUUUGACCAUGUUAGUUAUCUCCCUUCGGCUGAUUUUGUUCUCUGUCUCAAGGCUCUGUGUCAUCCUCUUCUUACAGUCUUGUUUUUCCUUCUCCCUUUUCACUUCUGUGGAAUGAACAAGAAUCACCAUAAUGGUAAAGCCCUGAGCACAGGGUAGACUGUUGUUUGUAACAGGAAAGUGAAUUUCUAGAAAGUGAAUUAAGAUGAGAGCAGCACUUAGAACAGAUGAAAUAAGUUUGUGUCAACAGGUGUUAUUUUAUGCCAGCUGA